GGAAACAUGAAUGCAUCGGGCUCAUCUGGGCCUCCCAAAGGCGUCGCCAGCCUAGCGAAGAAACCCACCGACACAACGCGCGCAGGGACACAAAAAAUGAAGUUCGUGCCCACACUGCCCGUCAGACGCAAGAAAGAGUACGAACCUAUGGCCGCUGCACCUGCUUCUACACUUGAUCGUGGAAGAGGGCGCGGAAGAGGACGAGGAAGGGGAGAAGGUGGAAGAGGAGCUGGGCGCGGGGCGGCUCCUCCGCGUCCCAUACAAGAAAUGACGGCUAGCGGCCCGUUUGCUAUGGGUCCAGCGCUCGCGGGCACAUCGGCGCGACGCACUGCUCCCCGUGCUGCAUUCACUCCCAUCGUUCCCCUCGGACCAGGCGGCACUUCGGCGCUAGGUGCAGGACUCACGCGUUCUGCUGCCCCAGCUCUCAAGAAGGAGAAGGCCAGGGAAGACAACACCGUGAAGACAGAGGACGACGAUGAUGUUGAAGUAUAUUCCGACCCCGACGAAGGUGUAGAGAUCGUGGAUAUGGAGAAUGUGCGAACCAUGGAUUGGAUG